AUGGAGGAGAGCGCGGACGUGUCCAGCGAGGGCAACUCGCUGAUCAAGGCGGUGCACCAGAGCCGCCUGCGCCUCGCCCGGCUGCUGCUGGAGGGCGGCGCCUACAUCAACGAGAGCAACGAGCGCGGGGAGACGCCGCUGAUGGUGGCCUGCAAGAGCAAGCACGUGGACGCCCGGGGCGUCAGCAAGGCCAAGAUGGUGAGGUACCUGCUGGAGAACGAGGCCGACCCCAACAUCCAGGACAAGGCUGGGAAGACGGCCCUCAUGCACGCCUGCCUGGAGCGCGCCGGCCCCGAGGUGGUCUCGCUGCUGCUCCGCAGCGGGGCCGACCUCAGCCUGCAGGACCACAGCGGCUGCUCGGCCCUGGUGUACGCCAUCGACGCCGACGACCCGGAGACGCUGCAGGUCCUGCUCAGCGCCUGCAAGGCCAGGGGCAAGGAGGUCAUCAUCAUCACCACGGCCAAGUCGCCCUGCGGGAAGCUCACCUCCAAGCAGUACCUGAACACGCCUCCCGCGGGCGCGCCGCGCGGCCCGGCCCCCUGCGCCUCGCCCUCGGAGAUAGACCUCCGGGCGGCCUGCGCGGAGGACGCGGAGCUGGCGCGUCCCGGCGCCGCCCAGGACGCCUGGGACGCGGGCUCCCCGGGGAGGAAGCCCGCGCUGGCCCCGGCCAGCCCCUGGAGCAGGAGCCCCCCGGCCCGGAUGCGCCCCAGCAGGGUGGCCUCGCUGCAGGAGGAGCCGCAGGACGCGUCCCCCGAGGAGGAGCUGUGCCGCCGCGCCAGCGCGCUGGCGCUGUCCAGACGCUUCAUCACCAGGCACCAGAGCAUCGACGUCAAGGACACCGCGCACCUGCUCAGAGCCCUGGAGCAGAGCGGCGCCAGGAGGGUGUCGCACGAAGAGCCGCGCCACCGGGCCUUCUCCGCAGAGGCGCACCUGCCGCCGGGCGCCGAGGAGGACGCGGACGCGGACCCCGCCCAGCCAGCCUUUGCUUCCACCUUAAGAAGCGUCGUGCAGAAAAGAAACUCCGGGGCCAACCACUACAGCUCCGACUCGCAGCUCUCCGCCGCUCCGGCCGCGGAAGACGGCAAGGCGCUGGCCGGCAAGAGGAAGGUCCUGGCCCCGGAGACCGCGCCCCCGGGCGCCCUGAGCAGGCGGCACCACGCGGCUCUGGAGAGGCGCGGCUCCGGGGCCUGGCCGCCCGAGCUCGGGGUCCCCCAGCCCAGGCCCGGGUUCCUGCCGCCCCUCCCCGUGACCCCCCACCCGCCCCUCCCGGAGGUCAGUGCCAGCAACAAGAUGGGCGGCCUCCUGUCCUGUGGCCAGAGAGUGCUUGUGCCCACGGUUCCCGCUUUCCCUAAGGAAUUCGGGAGUAAAAAAAUGUUGCUGAGGAGACAGUCAUUACAGACGGAGCAAAUUAAACAGCUGGUGAAUUUUUAA